UCUCAGGCGGAGGGGAGCGGCCGCGGCCUGGGGCUCGUGUGGGCGAGGGCAGGGUUUCGAUGCGAGAGGAAGCGGGGAAGGCAGGAGAGAGCCGGACGCCGUCGGAGGAGCGCCAUGAGCCUCCAGCCCCGCCGGAGCGCCCUGUGGCUUCCCGCCCUUCUCUGCCUGGUGCUGGCGCGGGGGGUUCCCGGGGCAGGGGUGCGGAGGCACCCGCCUCAGCCGGCGGAGCAGCACCGAGGACGGCACCGUCCGCCGCACUCUGAGAGAUUAGAAUCUGUUCUCUCGGACUAUGACAUUCUUUCUAUGUCCAGUAUCCAACAACACUCCUUAAGAAGAAGAGACCUGCAGCCUGAGUCUCAUAUAGAGCGACUCUUAAGCUUUUCAGCACUACACAGGCAUUUUGAAUUAUAUCUAACAUCAUCUGCAGAACGUUUUCCAAAAAACUUUCAAGCGUUUAUAAUGGAUGGCCAAGGCAAGGAGAGAGAGCAUCAUGUAGAAUGGCAAGAAUUUUUCUCAGGACAUGUUGUAGGUAAGAAGCAUUCCAAGGUCAUUGCACACAUAGGUGAAGAUGACUUUACAGUGAGGAUUAAUACUGAUGAACAAGAAUAUAAUAUUGAGCCCCUCUGGCGGUUUCUCAAUAAUUCAAGGGAUGAAAGACUUUUGGUUUACAGAUCAGAAGACAUUAAGGAUGUCUCACGCCUACGGUCUCCAAAAGUGUGCGGCUACAUAAAGCUAGAGGAUGGAGACCUCUUGGCGGGUGCAGGGAUGAAGGGAAGUCCAUCAAAUGAAAUGAAAGUCUCUCGGCGGAAAAGAGCUGUUCCAGAUCCCUUGAGGAAUACCUGCAGGAUGUUAGUAGUGGCAGAUCAUCGCUUCUUUAAACACAUGGGCCGCGGGGAGGAAAGCACCACCAUUAAUUACCUUAUUGAAUUAAUAGACAGAGUGGAUGACAUCUAUCGUAAUACCUCGUGGGACAAUGAGAACUUUAAAGGAUACGGCAUACAGAUAGAACAGAUUAUUGUUCACAGUGAACCUCAGAAUGUAUCUGCUGGGCAAAGACAUUAUAACAUGGCAAAAAGUCAGCCCAAUGAGGCAAAGGAUGCUUGGGAAGUGAAGGACCUGUUGGAGCAAUUCAGCUAUGAUAUAGCUGAGAAGGCAGCUCAUGUCUGCCUUGCGCACCUCUUUACAUACCAAGAUUUUGAUAUGGGCACUCUUGGACUGGCUUAUGUUGGCUCCCAAAGGCAAAACAGCCACGGUGGUAUUUGUCCAAAAGCAUAUUACAAUACAGCUGCUGGGAAGGAUGUCUACCUCAACAGUGGCUUAACCAGCACAAAGAACUAUGGCAAAACUAUCCUUACUAAGGAAGCAGACUUGGUUACUACUCAUGAGCUAGGGCACAACUUUGGGGCAGAACAUGACCCUGAUGGAUUGGCAGAGUGUGCCCCGACUGAAGACCAGGGAGGAAAAUAUGUUAUGUACCCAAUUGCUGUGAGUGGGGAUCAUGAAAACAACAAGAUGUUCUCAAGCUGCAGUAAAGAAUCCAUCCUUCGGACUAUUGAAACCAAAGCCCCAGAGUGUUUCAAAGAGCAUAACAACAAAGUGUGUGGCAACUCCAGAGUGGAUGAAGGUGAGGAGUGUGACCCUGGCCUCUUGCAUCAGCAUGUUGAUCCUUGCUGCACAUCUGGCUGCAAACUGAAGCAAAAUGCAACAUGCAGUGAUCGGAACAGCCCCUGCUGCAAAGGAUGCCAGUUCGAAAGUGCACAGAAGAAGUGCCAAGAAGCCAUCAAUGCCACCUGUAAAGGGGAGUCCUAUUGCACAGGCAAUAGCAGUGAGUGCCCUCCUCCUGGGAACGCUCUGGAUGACACUGUCUGCGUGGAUAUGGGAAAGUGCAAAGAUGGAGGAUGCGUACCCUUCUGUGAGACAGAAAAGAACCAACGCUCGUGUGCUUGUAAUGAAACGGACCAUUCCUGUAAAGUCUGUUGUCGAGAUGAGCAUGGGAGAUGCAGCCCUUACGUUGAUGCCAACCAGAAUUUCCUGUACUUGAGGAAGGGGAAGCCGUGCACUGUGGGGUUCUGUGACAUGAAUGGUAAAUGUGAGAAGCGAGUGCAAGAUGUGAUUGAACGACUUUGGGUUUUCAUUGAUCAACUUAGCAUCAAUACGUUUGGAAAAUUUCUAGCAGACAACAUAGUAGGGUCUGUGGUUGUAUUCUCUUUGCUGUUUUGGAUUCCUCUAAGCAUUCUUGUACAUUGUGUGGACAAGAAGCUGGAUAAGCAGUAUGAAGAGAAUACCAAGUCUCUAUUUGGCCCUAGUAAUGUGGAGAUGCUCAGCAGCAUGGACUCCGCCUCCGUCCGAAUUGUCAAACCGUUUCCCACUGCGCCGUCUACAAGUCGCCACCAGCCCCUGCAGUCUGUGAUGCCGCUGCAGUCUGUGGCACCCGUGGCUCCCAAACUGGACCACCAAAGGAUGGACACCAUUCAAGAGGAUCCAAGCACAGACUCUCACAUGGAAGACGACUGUUUCGAUAAGGAUCCUUUCCCAAAUAACAGCACGACUGCCAAAUCGUUUGAAGACCUGACCGAUCACCCUGUCACAAGGAGUGAGAAAGCAUCCUCCUUCAAACUGCAACGCCAACACAGAGUGGACAGCAAGGAAACCGAGUGCUAGUCUCUCUCUCUCUCUCUCUCUCUCUCUCUCUCUCUCUUUCUCUCUCUCUCUGUCUUUUGAGCUCUUGACUCACGUUCGACUCGAUCUAAAGGCAUUUCAUUAGAGAAAUACAGUGUAUAUAUAUGUAAUGUGUGUAUAUAUAUAUAUAUAUAUAUUGAGAAAGUGAAACAAGGAAUGGACUUAUUGCAGAUGCUGGCCAUGUGUGUGAUCUUCCUUAGUUUCAAUAUGAGAGCGCUGCUUAGCCUCGGCGUAUAUUGAUUCUUUGAUUUCCCCUCCGCUAUAGUAUUGAACUGAACAUUUCCUUCAGCCUGUGGUGUAGACGCAUAAUUGCCUGACACUAGAUUGUACAUGUUAAUAUUUUUUUUAUAAUGUACUGUUUUGCAGCUGAACAGCGUUGAUAGACAGUUUUCAUCUUAGUACAAAAGCCCCGGCCCAGUCGUAGUUCGUUUCGACAGACUUUAGCUGGAAUGGAGCCAAAGAAUUUAGUCACUUUACUUCUUGUAGAGCAUUCAGCAAUUAACAUGACCCAAAUUAUGCGAAACAGUAUUUUUAAAAAAUGAAGUGAAUGUUUUGAUAAAUGAGGUUUCUAAGGUGCAAAGUGUGGGGGGGGCGGGGAAGAGAUAGCACAAUGUGACAGGGAGCAGUACAGUAGUGAAGUGCUUCAAUGCCGAUCUCAGUCUGAGAAUCUUUUCAUGGUAAUUGUGCAGAAUCCAAUAGUGACUUUGACAACUUUAAGCUCAUGGAUUUCAGUAGGACUUAGGGAGCCAUAACAACUGUGUGCCGUAUGGUGGUCUGUGUUAUGAAGCAAAAUGCUCAGAAUGCGUGCUGAUGAACUCCAUCUGGGGAAGAGAGGAAAUUAUUAUUUUGGCACACACUUAAUGCUUCUGCCAUGCAGGCAUUUAGGGAUAAAAAUUAGGGCCACUACUCAUGGCUUUCAUGUAUUGUAAAUCCAGAAAACAGAUGUGUUAUUUAGGCGUCUUCUUGUUUUGACUUGCAGUCCAUUUAGCACUGGUUCAUUUCAGUGAAGAUUUCUUAGGAAUUGUGUUCAUUCAGUCCCAUGCUUUGGUCCUGAUACAGUGAAGGGCGAUUCCUCAGGCAGAAAAAGUUGCUGCACGUGGAUUCUCUUCCCCCCUGCCCCCACCCAGGUAACAUAACUUGUAUGGAUAAUUCUGCCUCUUACCGGUUGAUGAAUUCAUGGAGAGAUAUUGACUGGGGGAGAGAGGGACUACAGAUGUUGCCUUCUCCUCCUCCUAUUAAUGUUGGCUAGAAGAAAUCUGAUCUCUUGAUCAGAGAGAGCUAGUUUGUAGAAACACAUGGACCAUAAUGGAGCGGAAACAAUAAUGUAUUUCUGCUUGGACUUCCUUUUUUUCCACAAUUGCUUUAUCACACUCAUGUCGUAAGUUUGAUUUGUGUAAAACAGGAGCUGGAUCAAAUGUUUGCUUCAAGCACAAAAAGCCCAUGGCCUUAAUUAAUUAUGAGAGAGACUUUUGUAUUUUCGUAUCUGAUUGAAAUUAACCAAACCUGUGACAAAUGUGCAUCUUUCAUGGAUACUUGUUACACUAAUACUUGAAUUUGUGCCUUCGGGGUAUUUGUUUCUAUAAAUUAGUAAUUUUAGAUUUCAUACAUAGUAAACUUUGUGAAAGGAGUGUGAAAACUCCCAGUACGAUGUAAUAAAAAACA